CUUCCCUCUGGGCCUGAUUCCUGGAUCUUGCCUUCGAAACCAGCCCCAGGUCACUUCCCUUGGGUGCCUGGUGUCUUCCCAGGGGCCCUGGUCCUGGGCCAUGGCCCACAGGGCGGGCCUGGGGCUUGGUCAGCUGGAGGCUGUGGCCAUUCUGCUUUUACUCGGAUUAUUCCCGUCCGGGCUUGCCUUCUGCGGCGUGGCCUCCCAAGCACGCAUCACAGGUGGUAGCAGUGCAGCCGCUGGCCAGUGGCCCUGGCAGGUCAGCAUCACCUACGAUGGCACCCACGUGUGUGGUGGUUCUCUCGUGUCUGAGCAGUGGGUGCUCUCAGCUGCUCACUGCUUCCCAAGGGAGCACGCCAAGGAGGACUAUGAGGUAAAGCUUGGGGCCCACCAGCUGGACUCCUACACACCUGAGGCUGAGGUCCGCACCGUGGCACAGGUCAUUUGCCACUCCAGCUACCACCAGGAGGGCUCCCAGGGUGACAUUGCACUCCUCCGUCUCAGUAGCCCUGUCACCUUCUCCCGCUACAUCCGGCCCGUCUGCCUCCCUGCAGCCAACGCCUCCUUCCCCAAUGGCCUCCAAUGUACUGUCACUGGAUGGGGCCACGUAGCGCACUCAGUGAGUCUACUGGCCCCCCGGCAACUUCAGCAACUUGAGGUGCCACUGAUCAGCCGAGAGACGUGUAACUGUCUGUACAACAUUGCCGCCAAGCCUGAGGAGCCCCACUUUAUCCAGCAGGACAUGCUGUGUGCUGGCUACGUGAACGGGGGCAAGGAUGCCUGCCAGGGUGACUCUGGCGGCCCACUCUCCUGCCUUGUGGGGGGCCUCUGGUACCUGGCAGGGAUUGUGAGCUGGGGCGAUGCCUGUGGGGCCCCCAACAGGCCUGGCGUGUACACUCUGACCUCCAGCUAUGCCUCCUGGAUUCACUAUCAUGUGACAGAACUCCAGCCUCGUGUGGUGCCCCAAAUCCAGGAGUCUCAGCCCGAUGGCCAUCUUUGCGUCAACCAUCAGGCCUUCAACUCUGCCCCAGCCCAGGGCUUACUGGGGCUUAUCCUUCUGCUGCCACUAGGCCUGACCCUGGGCCUCCUCUGCUGAGCUGGUCAUCCUGGGAAAUGACCCCGCUUCCAGGACUUCCACACUGCCCCCAAGAACAGAUGGACCUGGCUCUUCCCUGACAUCUUUUGGGCCUGGGGACUGGCUUCCUUCCAGAACCCUGCGGGAGUCCAGGGCACCAUCCUGACCUUCGAGCCCACUCUUCUGGGUUUGUUCUAUGGGACUAUGGUCCAGAGUCAGGAGUUUUACUACCUGUGGUAUUGGCUAGAACCUCUAGCCACCUCCACCGACUGUUCACAACCCUACUGACUGGGCUCCUGUGUAGCCUCUAAGGACCCUUAGCGAUGAAAAUGAGCCCAGGCUCCCCACCCUGUUUCUAGAAAACUGGGUACCUGCCCAGCUAAUUGCUGCUAAAGAACUGGCUCCAGCACCCCACCAGUUCUGCCUGAUGAACCCCAUCACUUCACCUUCUUCCUGUAUUCUGAGCUGGAGCUGCCUCUGGGCAGCCUGUUUUCAAGAACAGAAAAGGCCCCAAUCUUGCCCCAUCGGCUGCCAUGCCUUCCUUGAACCUCGACUCCUAGACUCCGGAGGACUGAGCCCCCACCGGAACUGGGCUUGGGCUUGGAUCUGGGGUGAGGGGCAGAAAGAACAAGAAGGAGUAAAAUGUUUUGAGCACAA